AUGGUAUUAGCCCGCGUGGCCGAAUACCUUCUAGGAAACCAACAAUCCCAACACCCGCCCCCGCUCAACUACAUCGACAAUGGGGCCUCAGUGCCGGAUACGAGACGGAAGGCAGAAGGAUCUGGCCAGAAUACCUCCGCCCGCGUCUCCUCAGCCAAAGCCGUAGACGUCGACCAUGAAUCCUACCGGCCGCCGUAUCUCCAUGCCAUGCUGGCGGGUGGGCUGGGAGGAACGAUGGGCGACAUGCUGAUGCAUAGUCUGGAUACGGUCAAGACGAGACAGCAGGGUGAUCCGCAUAUGCCGCCGAAAUACACCAGCAUGGGCAAUACGUAUUACACCAUUUUCAGGCAGGAGGGUUUCGCGAGGGGGUUGUAUGGAGGAGUCACGCCAGCGUUUGUGGGUUCUUUUGUUGGGACGGUGAUUUUCUUUGGGUGCUAUGAAAGCAGCAAGAGGAUGAUGAUUGAUAAUGGUGUCACACCUGGGUUGGCGUACCUUACAUCUGGCUUUGUGGCCGAUCUGGCCGCAAGUCCGCUGUAUGUGCCGACAGAAGUGCUGAAGACGAGGUUACAACUGCAAGGAAGAUUCAACAACCCGUUCUUCACAUCAGGGUACAACUACCGCUCGACCAUGCACGCACUACGGACGAUAUAUCGAGUGGAAGGUUUUGGAGAGCUGUUCUCGGGCUACAAGGCGACGCUGUUCAGAGACUUGCCUUUCUCGGCAUUACAGUUCGCGUUCUACGAGCAAGAGCAGAAGAUCGCAAAGGAAUGGGUUGGCCCGGGUAAAGAGAUUGGUUUGCCGCUGGAGAUACUCACAGGAGCGAGUGCCGGAGGUAUGGCGGGUGUUCUGACCUGUCCGAUGGACGUGGUAAAGACACGCAUCCAGACCGAGCUCGAUCCAGACGUGGUCGCUGCCGCGAGAAAAGGGACAUCCAAGUCGACAGCCACAGCCACUGCCACUGCGCCGACUUCACAAACGACGCAUCGACCUUCUCCGGCUCCAACAUCAACACCAUCAUCACGAUCAAUCUCAACAUCUGGAUCAGGCACAGCACUCAAGCAUCACGGCCAAGUCUCGCUCGACACGGAGUCUGUUGUCAAGGCAUUACGCAUCAUCUACCGUACAGAAGGCUUUGCCGGGUGGUUCAGGGGUGUAGGCCCCCGAGCAGUCUGGACGAGCGUGCAAAGUGGGACAAUGCUGGUGGUUUAUCAAAAGCUCCUGCGGUUCUUCGACGCAAAUCCACUUGUGAAGAUAGACGAGGAAGAUGGCCUGCGAGGGUGGUCAUGA